AUGUCUGCGCGUCAGACCAAUGCCCGUCGUUCCCACCUUCUACGGCUACCUCGGGAGCUACUUCAAAUGAUACUUUACCUAUCCGCUCCCCUUCCAGUUUAUCGCCGAUUUCACCACUAUGGAUCGGCUCGAUAUAGUGACGACCGUGAAAGUUACCUCAUACCUUGGCUGAAACUCGGCCACGUCUGCAGCGAACUACGAGAGACGCUCUUGGCUAUGCGACAACUAUGGGCGGAGGUGGCAUUUCUACCUCAUGGUCUGGACGCUGCACAAGAAUACGCUCGGCGCGCAGCAGACAAUCCAUUGAGUAUCUUGGUGUUCUCUGAGUCAAAGACUAUUUCAGAUGCUUUCAUCGAUUUCUUGCAGUCCUGUUUGGCCAAAGCCCGUCACGUUGAAAUUACGUCUACGCAAGUCCUGUCAAGAAUGACGGACGAACUGCAAUCACUUCAUCUGCCCGUCGCCGAGAGGCUUGUCCUUGAUAAUCGCAAAUACGUUCAUGCUGGAUCUACUGUGAGGAUAACUCAUAUGGAUUGGAAGCCCCAUCAGGACGUGGCCCAAGAAAGCUUUGUAGCCAUCACAAAAGAGCCAGAGCCAAUAUUCGCUCCGUGUCUCAAAUGCCUUCAUCUAUUCAAUAUCGUCGUACCCUUCGACCCCAGCCAUCUAGUGGAACUGCGGCUGCAGAUGCCGAAGUCCGGGGAAGAUAUGUGGUCCGCAUACAUCCUCGCGAUGCUCCGUCGGUCGCCCAAUCUGCACACCCUCGAGAUCUCCGACAUGAUGUUCAACCCUCACUCCGCAACUACAGCCCGUAUACCCCUUCCUUCUCUACAGGACCUAUUCAUGCUAGGCGAGAACGAGUGCAUACUUUGGCUUUGGUCCCAGAUCAUCAUACCUUCCAGUGUAGUACCGGAGGUUGCUAUCGGUGGUGAUCUUGACUUGCAGCCCUCUGUUUGGGAUACGAUCAAUGCUCUUUCUGAACACGUAUGCAGGGGCCGUGGCGCGCGUCCAGUGUCAGGCUGCUCCUUUGUCAUCGACCCAUUCCAAUAUCAUCUACGCCUUAUCAUUUUCACGGCCACGGGAGAGCAGCGCUCGACGACGGACGAACAUCGUUUCAGCCCGUUUCAUCAAGGUCAUCAGCGCAUCCUGGAUGUCCUAGUUGUCUGUGACAUGGACAUAGACAGCCUUCACGACAAUAUAAGUCGGCUCUGUGACCUAUUUGGGUUAGCCGCUGUGGAAAAGCUAGAGAUGGGAACACUCGAAAGAGUCGACGAGUGCGAUGAACCCUUCGACACACGCUACAGCCAGUGGCUCUCUGCUUUCCCCAACGUGCACACCCUUUGCCUUCACCAUUUCCCAUUUCCCGUAUCCGGUCCUGACGGGGACUCGAAGGAGGAACAUCAGCCAGACUUUGCCCUCCUAUACCCAUCUCUCGAAUCGUUGGCCAUUCUACAUCUAUCGCUCGACGAAGGGGAGCUGGACGAGGUUGUGCGGAUGGUGGGACGAAGGGUAUCUGCCGAUUUAUCGCUACGGGAGCUCAAGAUCGCUUCCGAUGGAACGUGGGAACCGGAUGGUAUGGCGGAGGAGUCGACGUUAUCCUCGCUGCGAGCCACCUUGGAGAAUCUGGUACCGUCGGUGGAGUUUGGAACUUGA